GAGGGGACGGCAGGGAGGAGCCGAGGACCUGGGGGCCGGCGUGGCGAGAGGAUAACGGGGGCGGACCCUGGAGCUCCUCCAGUUCUCACCUCAAGAAUUAGAACUACAACAAAAACCUGAUGCAACCUUUCCAGAUUAUCCCUAGACGACUAAUCUGCCAGCUAUAUUGUGGCCUGAAGCCUCCAACCUCCACACAAAACAAGAUUUGCCUGACAAUGGCUCGUCCAAGUUCAAGUAUGGCAGAUUUUCGGAAAUGUUUUUCAAAAGCAAAGCACAUAGUCAUCAUUUCAGGAGCUGGUGUUAGUGCGGAAAGUGGUGUUCCAACUUUCAGAGGAGCUGGAGGUUAUUGGAGAAAAUGGCAAGCUCAGGACCUGGCGACUCCUCAGGCCUUUGCCCACAACCCGUCCCGGGUGUGGGAGUUCUACCAUUACCGGCGGGAGGUCAUGCAGAGCAAGGAGCCCAACCUUGGGCACCUUGCCAUUGCUGAGUGUGAGGCUCGGCUGGGCAAGCAGGGCCGGCGGGUCAUGGUCAUCACCCAGAACAUCGAUGAGCUGCACCGCAAGGCUGGCACCAAGAACCUUCUGGAGAUCCAUGGUAGCUUGUUUAAAACUCGAUGUACCUCUUGUGGAGUGGUGACUGAGAAUUACAAGAGUCCAAUUUGUCCAGCUUUAUCAGGAAAAGGUGCCCCAGAUCCAGAAACUCAAGAUGCCAGAAUCCCAGUGGGUAAACUUCCCCGGUGUGAAGUGCCUGGGUGUGGGGGCUUACUACGGCCUCACGUCGUGUGGUUUGGAGAAAACCUGGAUCCUGACAUUCUGGAGGAGGUUGACAGGGAGCUUGCCCUCUGUGACUUAUGUCUAGUGGUCGGCACUUCUUCUGUGGUGUACCCAGCAGCCAUGUUUGCCCCCCAGGUGUCUGCCAGGGGCGUGCCAGUGGCCGAAUUUAACACAGAGACCACCCCAGCCACAAACAGAUUCAGGUUUCAUUUCCAGGGACCCUGUGGUACGACUCUUCCUGAAGCCCUUGCCCGUCAUGAAAAUGAAACUAUUUCUUAGGUUUCCUGGGGAAGGAAGCAAUCAUGGAAUAUCUCAGAACUAGGCCACAAACAGGAGAAACGGUCUUGUGGGCGGUGAACUGAAUAUUGGACGAUCUACAAUAUCCUAUGAUUCCCUGGCUGGAAUCAACCUGAGGGAUGAGGGCUUAGAAGAAGCAAGAACAAACACAUUUAGAAGUGAGAGAAAUAUAAAGUUAAUGCAUAUUAUUUGGUUUGGACUGAAAUGUAAGAUCUUUGAUGUAUUUGAUUGGUUUUGUAAGAGAGUGAGACCAUGUCUCUUUAAAAAAAGAGAAGAUGCUACUCUAGAUGUCUUUGUUGGGGGCUCUUUCUUUUCAGUGUUUACCUUGUUUGACGGCCUCACCUCAAGAAACAUGUGAUAGCUUACACAGGGACUCAUGCAAAGGAAGAAAGAGAGAAGCAGCAACAAGGUAAAAAACCAGGAUGAGAAAAAAGAACAAUGCAAAUAUAUGGACACUGAGGAUAAACCCAGCUGCCUAAAGUUUAGCUCUGGCCAUCUCAGCAGCCAAGGGAGAAAGGAAGAAGUGACAGUUCAGUAUCAUAAAUACAGAAGCAUAGCCCCUGUAUUGUCUGCCAACCUUUCCAGACACUGAAUUCUGAAGGGAAUUUUUUCCAUGAGACUUUAAAAAAUGAUGCCCUUUCUACCUAGGAGUAAAGUAGUAAAAAUACAGUGCUUUCCUUAAACCCCACUAGCUAAUUCAGCACUCAGGAGCUUUGGCAUGCCUGCUGACUGGGAAGCUAGAGGACUGGAAGGCGUGGUCAUCACUAACAACUAUGAAGGUCGUAUGUAACAUAGUCCCUUGGAUCAGGUGGGCUCCCAGAGCGAUUAGGUACCUGGGCCACAUCACCUCAGCUUCUUGUGAAAUUGCAUUGUGUUACACCUUGACUUUUGUAGAAAUAGCAGCAAGACAUUGCAUAUAAAACUUUAGACUGCAUAAUUUUUAAUAAAUCCCAAAGGUCCUUUGUGUGGGGAGGAGGGAUGUGCGCACAUAGCCCAAUGGGGAGCCUGAGGAACCAGUCAGGGACACUGAGGGUUGGAUUCAUACUGGACAUGGGUGGGUCAAGGGACAGACACCGAGGGGACUGGUCAUUCCUGUAAUAAGGUUUUGUACUACUUGUAAUGCAGUUUUUAUAUAUAAAUACCAUCGUGCACUUUUAAAAUGUUUGUUGCUGGGCCAUUCCAGGUUAACUUUACGCAUUUUUCUAUUGUUGGCUACACUGUCUUGGAGUCUGUUAUAUUUCUGCUUUGUAAUUUCUGUCUGGCUAAGGCCCAGAGGUUUCAUAUUUCUUUCCAGCUCCUGUCAUAACCAGAACUUUGGUUCCAACAGCUUUUCUCAUUCAUGUGUUUUGUCAUUUUGUUCCUUUUUGGUUUUGUUGUUUUUAAAUUGGUGAUUCUAAAUCAGAAGAGAUGACAGGAGAACGUACAAAAUAUAUGUGGGAUAGAAUUAUUCAA